AUGUCAAACUAUGAUUGUGGUGUUGAAAACCACCCAUUGGACAAUUAUGAAGCAAACAAUUUUCACAUUAUUUCUAACGAUGCCACUCAAUUCACUAAUGACCACCUCUCACUUGACUUCAAGAUCUUCUCUCAACACCAACCAUUUUCUCUCAACAUGCGAGGCAGCUCCAAUCUAAGGAGCAACACUCAUUUAACUAUUAAAGACGAAAAUGACAACAUGUUGAGAAUGAGACUCAUUGGAUCGUCAUUUGUGCUCACACAACAAGGCGAAUCUCCAACAAAAUAUUUCAACAUCCAGAAUGAGACUCAUGACGAGGAGUGCUUCGUACAGAAAGGAAUAUUUGAUGUGGAAGUGAAAUCACCACAACCAUUUGUUUACAAUCAAAAUUUAAAGCUGGUGGUUAGCAAAAUUGCAAAGAAGACAGCCAGGCACAUCUCGAAAUAUAUUACCUUCCUGAUUGAGGUUGAAGGAGUGGGAUGUUUUAUAUUGAGCUUUGGCCACAAGAAGUGUAUGAAGACAUCCGUUGUGUUUGCCACUUGUGUGUAUGUGAGCAAGUUCUUCAUUCAAGAGGGCAGUAAUCAAAGUGAUGACAAUCAGUCAGACACGGUCGUUGUCAGUUGUCAAAGAAGAUCCAUUCAGUACUCUUCUGACCAACCCUCUCCUGUAUUGAGUCAAUCCUCUGGACAAUAUCCACAAAGCUCUUCAUCCUCUCCCUACUCUUCCUCAGGAUCGCCCUCAUUUCAAACAGCCUCUCCUUUACUCAUAAACAUUCCAUCUCAUGAGAAGAGACGAAGCACAAGCUUCAACCAAAUCGAUAGCCCUUUCUUCAUGAAACCUCUCUUAUACCAAUCUGAAUCUAACUGCUUUGCAAAAACGUCAUUCCAUUCCAGCACUUACUCCACAAGCCCUUUAACCACUACGAAGCAAGCCUCUCGUGAAUAUGUAACACAAAGAUACACUUCUAAUUCUUUUGACAACUCUCCUUCUACACCAACACCUCUUUCUGGCCUCACACAAAAGAGCACAUUAUUCAAAUGCGACCUGUCUUUUUGUGAGUUUCAAACAUGCCCUCUUGCAACCAUUUUCAACCACAGUUCUGAAGGAUUUGAUCCACAGGACAGAAUAUCAGUUGUAUUUGUUGCUUGUGAGCCCGAACAUGUUGUCAUCCAUCCAGGUUUAAUCGUUUCAGUUGCAUCCGACCGAAUCACAUUCCGAUUACCAGCUAUUCCUCUUGAUUAUUGCAACUUGCAUCACAUCAAAGCCAAAAUGUAUGUCAGAAUCAAUGAUAGAGUUGUGUUUGUGAAUCAUUUUGAGUUUAGAAACAGUGAACAUGACUUUGCUUUCGAGCCGUUAGGCUAUCUCUUUUCUGCAACAUCCAACUCACAAGCUCUUUCUAUGAUCUUUGAGAGCCACAACCACCAUAGCCCAGGAAAAUCAAGCCCACCACAACCCAAUCUGUAUCAACCAUAUCAGUCUUCCACUUCCUCUGGUCCGUAUAUUAAGCAUCAUUUCUUUUACUAA